AUGGAUCAUCUUUACCACUUCAAUCAGGAAGUAGCACUGGGACCGGACACCAGAACCGCUAAUGUUCUGCUCUGUUCCCUGCAGAACCGGUUCCACCUGCAGAUGGUGACGGGCGUGCCCCCGUCGGGCCUGGCGGAGCUGCUGCGAGCGGUUCUGCGGCGCAGCGGGUGGCGCGAGGGCAUGGCGGUGCUGUGCCAGGGCUGGGAGGCGACGGGCAUGCUGGAGCUGCUGGGGCCGGUGGGCGCCCCCGUGUGGCCGGGCGAGGCGUGGCACCUGCGCGCCUCCCUGGACCUGUCGCACGCCGCCGCGGCGCAGGAGGACGCCGAGAUCGCCGACUUCCUGUCGCGCCACCUGCUCCAGGCCGACCCCCCGCCCGCCUCCGUGCUGCUGUUCGGCUCCGACCCCCAGUGUGCCGCCUCCGUCCUGCGCUGUGCCCACCGGCUGGGCCUGGCGCUGCCCGCCGUGCACUGGGUCGUGGGGUACCCGCUGAGCCCCGACAUGCUGCACACCAUCGGCCUGCCGCUCGGCCUGCUGGCGUACGGCGAGGUGGACCGCAAGCCGCUCGACUCCUACAUCAGCGACGCCCUGCAGCUGGUCGCCAGGGCCGUCGCCGCGGCAACCGUGGUGCGGCCCGACCUGGCGCUGAUCCAGAACAUGGUGAACUGCUACGACAAACCCAACAAGCACGAGCUGCCGUCCUCAGGACAGUACCUGGCCAGGUUCCUGUCCAACACGUCCUUCACGGGGGUGACGGGGCCGGUGAGCGUGCGGGGGAAUGCGUCGCGUGUGGAGGUGUCCCAGCGCGUGCACGUGUGGAGCCUGCGGCGCGACGCGGUCGGUCAGCCCACCUGGGUGACCGUGGGCAGCUGGCAGGACGGGCAGCUGGAGGUGGAGGAGGAGCGGGGCCUGUGGCAGGGGUCGUGGCCACGGCAACGCGCGGAGGCUCAGCAGCGCGGGCGGGAGGGGGGGGGACGGGGUCGCUGGCGCGCGGGCAUGCCGGUGUCGGGCAGCCGUAUCACCGUGGUGACGCUGGUGGAGCACCCCUUCGUGUUCACGCGCGAGGUGGACGAGGACGGCAACUGCCCGGCAGGUCAGUUCUGCCUGGACGCCGGCACCAACAGCACCGCGGCGCUGGAGCGCUACUUCCAGGAGCUGUCGCUAGGCAACCGCAGCUUCGUCCCCGCCGCCUACAGCAAGUGUUGCUACGGCUACUGCAUCGACCUGCUGGAGAAGCUGGCGGAGGACAUGCGCUUCGACUUCGACCUGUACAUCGUGGGAGACGGCAAGUACGGCGCGACGAAGGGCGGCCGCUGGACGGGGCUGGUGGGGGACCUUCUGGGCGGCGCGGCCGACAUGGCGGUCACCUCCUUCAGCAUCAACUCGGCGCGCAGCCGCGUCAUCGACUUCACGUCGCCCUUCUUCUCCACCAGCCUGGGCAUCCUGGUGCGCAGCAAAGACACGGCGGCGCCCAUCGGGGCCUUCAUGUGGCCGCUGCACUGGUCCAUGUGGGUGGGCAUCUUCGUGGCGCUGCACAUCACCGCGCUCUUCCUCACGCUCUACGAGUGGAAGAGCCCCUUCGGCAUGACGCCGCACGGACGCAACCGCCUCAAGGUUUUCUCCUACUCGUCGGCGCUCAACCUGUGCUACGCCAUCCUGUUCGGGCGCACGGUGUCCAGCAAGACGCCCAAGUGCUGGACGGGCCGCUUCCUCAUGAACCUGUGGGCCAUCUUCUGCCUGCUGGUGCUGUCCAGCUACACCGCCAACCUGGCCGCCGUCAUGGUGGGAGAGAAGACCUUCGAGGAGCUCUCGGGCAUCCACGACGCCAAGCUGCACCACCCGUCUCAUGGGUUCCGUUUUGGAACGGUGCGUGAGAGCAGUGCGGAGGACUACAUGAAGAAGAGUUUCCCGGAGAUGCACGAGUACAUGCGCCGCUUCAACGAGCCCACCACCCCAGACGGGGUCUCCACCCUCAAGACAGAUCCCCCUCAGCUGGACGCGUUCAUUAUGGACAAGGCCCUGCUCGACUACGAGGUGUCCAUCGACGCAGACUGCAAACUGCUGACCGUGGGCAAGCCCUUCGCCAUCGAAGGUUAUGGGAUCGGUCUGCCCCAGAACUCGCCCCUCACAUCCAACAUGUCGGAGUUCAUCAGCCGCUACAAGUCCGACGGCUACAUGGACAUGCUGCACGACAAGUGGUACAAGGUGGUGCCCUGCGGCAAGAGGGUGUUCGCCGUCACCGAGACGCUGCAGAUGGGCAUCCGCCACUUCUCGGGGCUGUUUGUGCUGCUGUGUGUGGGUGUGUCCGGGGCGUUGCUGACGCUGGCUGGAGAACACGCCUUCUACCGCCUGGUCCUCCCACACAUCCGCCGCAGACAGAAGUUCAAGUACUGGCUCCACACCAGCCAGAAGAUCCACCGGGCGCUGAACAUGACGUAUGAAGACGUGAAGAAGCAGCGCGCCAAUACAGAGAAAAGCUGUAACCUCCAGCAGUCUCCGCCCCCCCAGCCUGCCCCUGCGGCCCCCCCGGCGGGAGCGUUUGCGCGCUGGAACAACGAGAGCAGCCGUGCGGCCAAGCAGGCGGCCGAGGCCCUGGCGGCCAAGGACAGCAAGCGCGUCCACUUCAACCUGGAGACGCUCAACACGCGCAGACUGCUGGCGCGCAUGGGGGGGGGAGGGGGGGUCAGCAAGACGGCUGAGGAGGGGGGGGGCACCACCACCACCACCACCACCGCCGCCACGUCAGGAGCAGCCGGGGGAGGGGGGCGCUCGGGGGCCAGGGUGGUGACGUCACACGUGUGUGAGAACGGCGGCCCGGCGUCGUCCGGCGGCGGCGUGAGCGUGAGCGGUCAUCACCACGGCGGCCUGUCCAUCCCGCUGCCGCUGCCGCGCUCCGUGGCCUCCUCCCUCUCCGCCUCGCUGGGCGGCGCCCGCUCCGUGCCGCCGGUCUCCACGGCGAUGACGAGCGCGGCGGUAACUGCGGCGACGUCGUCGUCGUGCGAGCUGGAGGAGCUGACGCAGCGCAUCGACUCCAUCAGGGAGCAGCUCAAGGUGGCGCUCGCGCGCAGGGCGGAGCUACAGACCACGCUGGCCAAUGAGAGAGCCAGAACGGCCGCCAUGGCGCCCACGGGGGCCCUCCCCCUCGCCGUGCCCCUCCCCUCACGUUCCCCCGCCCCCAAAGAGAACCAGAGCCACAGGUGA